CGAAUAUUUCAAUUCACGCGUGUGAACGGCUCUUUCCGGAUUAAGGCUGGGACUUGUCUCCAGCUGCUCGUCUCGUCACCCUUUUCUACCCUCCCUCUCUUUUCCCUUAUAUGCUUUUGAUUUAUUUUUAUUAAUUAUUAUUCUUAAAAAAAAUAAAAAACCUUCCCCUCUGAUGUAUGCAACAUUUACUGACAGGGCAACGUGACUUUUCACAACGGUUCUCCAUGGGCACCAGUGGGCUGGAGAAAAGCUCUCUCCAAAAAAAAAAAAAACCCUCAGCAGGCAGAGCAGUCUGCCGCGCUCCCCGCUUCUUCCCCGGGGCAACCUUAGGGAGAUCUUCUCCUUCUGUCCCUCCAUCCCCAAAGUGCCAGGAUCUUGCAGCUUGAAUCCCUCCUCCACCUCCUUCAAGCUCAGAGGAACUUCUUUGCAGGAGACCUUCCCUCCUCUCCUUGACAUGGCUCCAGCUCCUCCCAGGUCGCCUGCCACUUUUGCCCAGGCUGUGGGGUCCGCGCUCCUCUUCUUCCUCCUCCAAGUCGCUUCUGUCGAAGCGGAUGGAAAAUUGUUUGCCCUUGGUCCCAGGAACGGCUCCCAGAUUCUGGACUUAGCAAUGGCUCAGGAAUCAUGCUCUGCAGUAGGAGCUCGAUUAGCCAGCAGAGAAGAACUAAGGAGAGCCAUAAGAGAUUGUUCCUUUGCUGUGUGUACCAGAGGCUGGCUGGCGGAUGGCACAGUCGGGACAACUGUGUGCAACAGGACAGGCAGCAAGCCACAGAGCGUGAAAAUUAUUGAUGUUCAGAUUGAAAUGGAUCCCUCUCCAAGUGGCAGAUACGAUGCUCUUUGUGUGAAAGUUGAAGGCAAACCAUGUGGAGACCCACCUUCCUUUCCUCACACAGUUCUCCACGGCCACACCGGGUUUGAAAUGGGUGACGAGCUGCACUAUGUCUGUGCUCAGGGAUAUGUCAUGAGUAACAAAGAUGCUGCUUUCACUCUGCUCUGUCACACCUGUGGGGAAUGGUUUGGUCAAGUCCAAGCUUGUGUCAAAGAUGAAACUGAGGGACAUAUCGAUUAUGAAGACAAUUUCCCCGAUGACCGAUCUAUUUCUACCGAAGAACAUGAACACAAUGCCAAAGAGGCAGAGGAGAAGGAAAAUGAGCAGGAGAAAACCACCCAUGAUGGGGAGACCCAGUUUGCUGACGACGACAACCACAUUGGCAUGAAAACUGCAUAUAACAAGAAAGGCACCAAAAUGAUAUACGAAGGUGAGGACUUCCCCAUUGGACCCGCCAUUGUGAACAAUGAUACAAAAGCAACAAAAAGUACAGACUCUCAUACAGAUGAGUCCUGGCUAGAUGGUUACCCAGUCACUCAAGAAGCUGUAGAAGAAGUCAACGAGGAGGAAUGGGAUAAAAUUGAUGGAUCUAUGGGAAUGGAAUAUGACAUUGGCACUGACCAGCUGAACCAUGCUGAUGUCAGGAAGACAGGCAGCAUCCCAGAAAAGGAUUUUGUGCAGGCUGGAACAGUCCCGUCACUGACACACACUGAUGGGAGCAAAAGAAUACUAGGGACUCUAACACCAACCAUUGUUCCAGAGAACGUCAGUGUAAGCAAAGAUGACAACACCAUGUAUGUCUCAACAACACCUAUGGGACUCAUCACUCAAGAGUUGUCAUCCGUAACCACACCCACGAGCUUGAAUUUGGCCACACUGGAGACUUCUACAGUUUUCCAUCUCCUUGACCCCAUUCCCUUGCCAGAGGAAGUAGAUCUGAUUACCUCCUCCAUGCAAGUAGUUACCACUAUACCUUCUCAAAAUAGCUUUACUGAUACACCAGAUGUCAUUGAGGGAGAAGCUUUGACCUAUGGACUUGGUGGGAAGCCUUUGAGCACUUUUGAACCAUGUGUGGGAGCAAGUUGUUCCAGUUCUGGUAAAGAUCCCAUGAUAGCCAUUGGGGUGACUGUUGUAUGCCUAAUUGUGCUUGCUUUGGUCUUGGCAGUGUGGUGCUUCAAGAAACGGCAACAGAAGACCUCUGUUUAUAAGUUGAAUGGGAAGGAUCAUGCUAGGCAGCAGCUGCAACAGAUUGAAAUGCAGAAAGUCUAACCUAGCUGUAUACGUUAUUAUUGGAAAGAAAUGCAUGGAGGAGAGACAUGGAAACUGACCGAACAAAUGGAUACUAAUGUCCACUAGUUCAGAAAGAAGACCUGUGUAUGGAACAGCAGGACCUGCACUAACUGAAAUCACAAUUUAUUGUGAUAUCGGGAUUAAUUCGGAUAUCUAUCGUUUUUAACCACCUUGAGGAUUGCCAGGGCUGAUUCACAGAAGCAUAUUUUAUCUCUUGAUGAGUAUAUAUGGCGGUGACUUGGUUUUCUGAAAUCGGUAGUCUGUGACAGACAUGGUGGACAGAGUUUUCUUAUGGGUGUGUAGUGCCUAUCCUAGAUGCAAGCUAGUCAAAUGGCAAGGCCAUAAUCUGACAACUGACACAUCAAAUCCCUUAAGAUGGCAGGAUGGACUUACAGAAACUGCUUCUUGCAUUAAAAAUAUCAAUGCAAUUAUUCUCUCUCCUGUGUUAAAACGGGUCACACAGCCCAAUGACACAUUUGAAAGAAGCUCUAUAGAACAGGGAGACAAUCUGUGUGCAAAGUGGAGGGGAUUUAUUUGUAAUAUUUGCCAUUUUUAAGGUAAGGAUUAAUUAACCCAUAGACAGUUGGUACUUGCCAUGUUCUAGAGAUUUACAGAUAGAAUUUUUCUAUCUGCAUUGCUCGACCACUGCUCCAGUUUAUUUCAGCGGAUUUGUACUAUAGUAGCUCUACCCUUCAAUGGAUUAACUGUGUGUAGGGGGCCGAUCACAAUGGACUGUUAGCUAGAAACAUGACAUUAUUGAGCUGUUUGGAUUUUAUUACCGGUAGUUGUUUUAAUAUCUAGAAAGAAGAGUCUUUUUUCUAUUUGUAGGAGAGUGUAGACACAGAGGGGAUCAUGAUAGAAUGGACUUUAAUUAAUGAUAUACGACUAGACAUCAUUAAUGUUUAAAAAUAAACCAGCAUUGUCAGUAUUCCACCCACUCUAUAGAAGUGCUCUCUUAAGAAGUAGAUAGAAGAUCUCACACCACUUUGCCUGCAAACUAUCAAAGACUAUUUAGGGUUUUCUCCUCCCCGCCCCAGGGCAAUGCUAUCUUUGCAACGAAAUUGGGUGUCUAAUUAAUAAAUUAAUUAUGCAGCCAAUAGUACAUGGUCUUUGGGAGUGCAUUUGCCAUCUUAUUUCAUAGAAAGUGAAAACUUCCAUUCUUUAGUUCAAUCUGGGUCGGUUUAGAGUGGCUGAAGUUCUGAUGUAGACAACGUAUGUUAUCUGUUGCUAAAGAUGCCAUACCAUGACAGACUAAUAGACGGGUUCAAAAGUCACACCAUGGCUAAGGCAGAAAUCUGAACUCCAUUUACCAGGGAGUAAGCCCUGCUGAAUUCAAUAGGACUUACAUCUGAGUAGACAUGGUUAGGCUCAUGCUGUAAGUCAUUAUUUCCCCUAAUACGGUGAUGCCUAUUAUAAGGCAACAAAAUGCACAAGAAAAUGAAGCUGAACCCCCUUCUGAAAGCAUAUAUUAGUGCCCAUUAUUAAUAUGCAGUUACCCACAGUUACAAAUGCAGCCACACAUAAAUGCUUCUUUGCAUGUUAUGUGUGAAUGCACAUAAAGAACAAAAAUAUCUUGGGUAUGGUGACUGCAUGGCCAAUUCUACCAUUUAAUCUAGCAGAAGACAUUUUUUUGG